AUGCAGCUGCCCCGCGCUGCAGACAUCUCCGUCUGCUUCUCCUGUGCCAAGGGCUGGGAUGGCUACCCGUUGACGCAGCCACUAAAGGGAGGCAUCGGCUUUCGCUGCUUCUGCUGUGAUAAGCACUGCUAUGGCGUGCGCUAUCAGCUUGCAGAGGACGGCCGUCUGGCUACAACAUGGGUUCCGGAAGAGGUCAGACCCGAAGACACAUCAGGCAUCCCGUGUUUGGGUGCGUGGUUGGCUGUACUGCAGCUGGACAGCUUCCUCGACAAGGCUGGGAAGAAAUUUGGGCGCUUUUGCACGAAAGCCAGGUCCCGAAUGAGUCCCGAAGCGCCGCAUAGAAUGACAAACACCCCCCCUGUUAAUACCGAGAGGGUUGCCGUUUGCAGCAUUGGCGGAUGCUGUUUUUGCGCCCCACACCUUCAACAUAAAGGUUUGUGUACAACAGUGCUGCGUCACAUUAUCAAGGCCAUCAUAUCUGUGCGUCACGUCUAUGCCAGGAAACGCCCUUUCAACGCUUUCGGUAAACAGAAAGAAGGAUGCGUAGGCUUUUAA